GCUUCGCUUUGAAACACGAAACCUUUUGUGAUUUUUUCCGACCGUUGAAACUCUUUUGACAACCCGCAACUCUUUACACUCUCUACUGUUGCUCUCUCCCCAACGGCCGUAUUCUUCUUCUCCAAAACUCCGCUCUCCAAAGAUCCGAUCUUUUUUUCCUUCUUCUGCGAUUUCUCUUCCCAAAUGGGCACCAAAGAACGCCCGGACUCCGCCUCUCAGCGCCAGAACUGGCAGAACAUAUUCAACGCUCUGGUGCAGUUGCUGCGGUCCCAGCAAUCGAAGCUCGAGACGAUGACCGCCGACAGAAAAGUCUUCGAAGAUCGCGUCAGAGUGCAAGAAGAGAAGUGGGUCUCCGCGUUUCAUCUCUUGGGAGAUCAAAUCCGCCAGAUGAAGGUGGAUUUGGAAUUGAAAGAGAUGGAAGGCUCCGUUGAGGCGGCCAAGUUAGGGUGGGCGCAUAGUAUGAAGCAACAAGAGGCUUACACCACCAAACUCAAGUUAGAAUACUCGGACGGUGAGUUAGAAGGUUUCAAAGCAUGGUUUGACCUGCACUCCAACAAUUACACCACCUUAAAGCAGCAAUGUGAUAAGCUUGCUUCCGAAAAGAGCUUCGCGUGGCAUCAGUAUGACCUUAUGGAAAAUGAUUACAAAACUAAACUGAAGAGCAAGAAUUCUGAACUCGAGCAGGCGAAUGCAAAGAUACAAACUCUUCUUGCUAGUAUGGAGCAGUUACAGUCCUCAAAUAAUGAAAAGGAUGACAAGAUUGGAAUAUUAAUAAGCAAAGUUGCUAAGAUGGAGACUGAUUCAAACAAGUUCAAGGAAGAGAUUUCGAAACUUUCAAAGGAUUUGGAUUUGUUAAGAAAUGCAGCAAGUACUUCGUCUACUCCUGUUUUGAACCGUUGUACAACAAGAGCUAGAGGCAAGAGCAGUGCUAAGGAUAAAAUUAAUGUAACUGUGAAGAAAGAUUUGUCGGCUGCUCAACUUACUCAUUCUACAAUGGAUACCAAAAAGGGGAACGGCAGUUCGAAGAGAAAAGCAGAUGAUGUUGUAACCACUUCGGAGACUCCGAAGUUGUUCUCAUCUAGAUUUAAAGUACCCAAACUGAAGAACGGAUCAUGAUGAUUGUCUCGGCACCGCUUCCGGCAGGGUAGAUUGUCACACUGUAGCUUCAUGUGGAGUUUUUUAGUUUUAGGAUUCAUAGCUUUUGUGUAAAUUAUGCGUCCAUUCUUUAGGCUGGAAAGUGGGAAGAAGCGUUUGUCAAGCAUCUUGACAGUUUUUAGCAUUUGGGCCUGUAUCAUGGGUGAUUUGAUCAGUUAUGGAGGUUUUUACCAUCUGCUGGGAUAUUAGACAUUUUUUCUGUAAAUUUUCACAAUGAAUGAUUCUUUAAGCAGUGCGAAUUAGUAGGCUCGAGUGCUUUAU